UGUUUAUACUUUUUAUUUAUUUUUUCUUUUUUUCUAAUUCUUUAAUUGCUACAAUUAUUUUUUCUUUUUUUGUCAUGGAACUGCGAGCCGUCACUUGAAGUUGUUUUUUCUUUUUUUUUUUUUUUUUGUUUUUAAUUCCUUACAGAUUAGGGUUUCUCGGUAGAGCAAAAAGCAUAAAGUCGCUAGGUUUUACCAUUGUUUGAAAUUAGGGCUACUUAGAUGGUGCGGCGUUUUUAACUGUGCUAUUAACGAGUUUGGGUUAUGGAUUUAGCCAUUUGGGUCACUGACCUCGUUCUUGAAUUUAUUUUCUAAAGAAAGUUUUCUUUUGUUUGAUUUUCUGCUGAUUGAUUAUGUUCAUCAUUGCCGCAUGAACUUAGGUGCUUCAGUUGAUUGUACAUUGUAAUUGUGGAUACAGAUUGCUUAUGUUCGGUCCGGUCUAGCUCUCGUGCUAGAGCUAGAAGUUAAAAUUGCUAACUGGGUACACAAUUUUAUAGAUUCCUUAGUCAAACAUUGAUUUUCUUGGAAGAUCGUUCUGCAUCCUUAUCUGUGUGUGGAAACAAAAAUGGUCUCCUAUCACAUUCAUUUGCGGUCCCAGUUAUUUUCCUUGUGAAUUUCAUUUGGACGUGUUUUCACUAUGGAGUCUGAAAAAGUUGGUCAGUGCUAUUAUGCAAAGAUAAUCUAGUACUUGGAUAAAGCUAGUGUUUUCUUUGUGUAAUGUGCAAAAGUCAGUGCACAUGAUGGUUUACACUUGAUCUCUGAACUUCAGGUAAGUUCACUUGUGGAUAAUUCAUGAACUGAUGCCCCUGGCUUUGCACAUUUUUUUCGUUCACUUAUUUCAAUGCUUUUCUCUGUUUCUGAUUUGAAGAUGUUCUGUAAUUGAGAUACUGGAUUUGUGCUGAUGGUCUAUUCUUGUUUGGGUCCUUGCUUAUGUUUACCAUCCUUGAUUUUUGGGUUUGCGGGGUUUAGAGAGGAUGGCAGAGAGUAAUUUGUAGUGGCAUCAACUCCAGUAUCAGUAGCCAGAUAUUACCCUAUCUUGAAUUUUAGGAGUUGAGAGAGUACUUUGUGGGGAGCAAUGGCAGAGGGGAAAUGUGCCCCUGACCUGCAUAUUGCAAUUGCUUCUUGUGGUCAUGGUCUAUGUUGAGGCCUAAUUUGUGUACGACCACUUAUGCUAACUAGUUCCUAGUUGGGUCAGAGGCGCCAAGAAGUGGAGAGAGCAUGCAAGAACUAAAUAACAAAUCUAAGCUGCUCCUCCUGAGAACUGCCUUGAUGUUAGGAAUUGGAACUGAUGCAUCUGUAAACUUGUUAAACUUAAAUUGAAUAAGAGCAGAUGCCAUUGUAAAGGGACAAAAUGAGUUUCAAUGGAAGAGCCAGCAGCAAGAUUUCAAAAUGACUUUCAGCUGUUGAAGAGCUAAGGCAGCUUAGCAUGAGGAAUCUCUGAAGCUAACACAUUAGGCUGUUAUGUCAACGCAAACACAAAAUCUUGUUUUUCUGAAAGUUUUAGAGAUAUAUAUUAAAUGAUGUCUUAUAAAAAUACUUUCAAUUUGUAGACCCGUUGAAGAUUCUCUAUUAUGGGGUGUUUCAUUUUUUUUUUUUUUGAGAAAAUACAAACUAAAGGUUAACAUCACUAACUUGAUUUCUAAGUUAUUCAUCUUAUAUGUCAAUCUUCAGGGAAGGGAAAUGGGUACUAAAUCAAAGAAAACUAAUGUGGUUAAGAGAGAUGUGUUUAAAUGGACAGAACGUAUGGAUGAUGCUUUUAUUGAUGCACUUGUCCGACAACAAAGGCUUGGAAACAGGGUUGAUAAUGUCUUUACUACAGCAGCAUAUGAUAAUAUGUUAAAGGAAUUGCGUGAAAAGAUUGGCAUGCCAUUCCAGAAGGAUCAUUUGAAGAAUCGUUUGAAAAGCCUUAAAAACAACUUUAAGGAGUGUUUUGACCUUUUCAAUGGUGUGAGUGGUUUUGCAUGGACUCCAGAAACAAAAAUGUUUAGCGGAAAGCCUGAAGCCUGGAAAGCCUUUGUAAAGGCAAAACCUGAAGCGAAAAAGUGGAUGACUACACAAAUUGCCCAUUAUGAUAAACUGGUAUUUCUUUUUGCUAAAGAUAGGUCAAAAUCUAAUGGUGAUAAGAUUGCAAAGCAGAAAGCAGGACAGUUGGCUGUUGCUUCUGGAAGUGGCCACUUUUUUGAUAUUACUGACAGGCAGAAUGAACUUACACUUAAUCUGGAUCUGGAGGACUUAAACGAGAUUAAUGAUGGCACUAGUCAACUAGCAACCCCUGUUGAAGCAAAUUCUCAGGCCGACUCUCAAGCACAUUCGCAUUCUGAGACAUCAUCAAAAGGCCAAAAACGGAAGGCUCCAAAAGAUGAUAUAUUCGAGAGAGAGUUUAAAAGCAUAAGAGAAGCAAUUAAAGAUGUUGCAGAGGCAAUAAGGGAGGGAAAUAUUAUUGCAGAGAGAGGACGCCUUCGCGUCUACUCAGAGCAGGAAGUUUUCACGGAAUUGGUGAAGAUAGGAGUUGAAAGGCAUAUGCGCUACAAGGCUUAUACUUUCCUUAUUGCAAAUGCUGGUAGAGCAAGGGCAUUCUUUGGUUGCCCAUCUGAGGAGCGCAAGGAAUUUUUGCUGCAGAUGAUGUAUAGUCCUGAAGAUUCUUGACAAGUUCGCCAUUGUGGUUGAUUUGACCAGAUAAAAAGUCUCAUGUUUGUGGUGUUGGUUAGGAGCGUUCAGCAAAAAAAUGUAUAUGUUGUUUUAGGUAUGGUUGAGAAUAGGACAAGUAAACCAUAACUUAGGCUUGUAUAUAAUGGUGAUUGAUUGAUGGUGGAAUCCAACACCAAUUUUUGUGAUGUUUAUCACCGGAUAUUUCGUUAGAUGUAUCAUAAUUUAUAUAUAGUAUAGCUGUGGCUUGUUUUUAUCA